AUGUUCGCCAUAUAUUCAUUACGCCAAUUAAACAUCAGUACACCCACAGUUAUUCCCUUCACCUCUCCUCACGUGGCUCAACAAAAGGGCAGUGUCGCUAUCGAUUCGACCCAUUACGUCAUUUUCUCUCCGAAGGACCUCCUACUAAAAAAUAAAAACGCGACAAAUUCCGCUAUGUGCGGUUGUUGCCUACUGCUCCUCGUUAUGUCCCAUGGAAUGGGUCUGGAUUUGCCGCACUUUGUGUAA